AUGAGGUUAUUAAGUGUUGUCGGGUUCUCGUCGAUCCUGUUCUCGCUAUCCGCUGCCAGUUUAUACCCUCGCGACCACGAUGCGCGCGAUUAUAUAGCUGUACACCUUCGUUCUUCGUUAUCCCCCGACCGCGCAGCGCAGAUACUAGGUGCGAGGCAUGAAGGACAAAUAGGAGAGUUAGAGGACCAUCACACGUUCUCCUUCUCAAAGGGACGAGGAGAUGAGAUAGACAAAUUAUUGGAAGACUUGCAAGCAAGGCGGAAGAGAAAACGGCAUCUUGAUAAGAGGGAAGAUGAAGAAGAGUUGAACGGCAUUCUCUACUCUGAGAAGCUGAUACCUAAACAACGACUACACAAACGCAUACCCCCGCCUCCCGCGUCCUGGGCCAAGUCCCGAUCGAAACGGAGUACGCAGUCUCGAGCCAAAGAAGCCGCUGUUGCAAGACAACAGGAAAUUGCCGGAGAGCUGGUCAUCAAAGAUCCCAUUUUCGUUAACCAGUGGCACCUUUUCAACACCGUACAACCUGGCCAUGACUUGAACGUGACUGGGCUCUGGCUUGAAGGAAUCACCGGCAAUGGAACUAUCACAGCAAUCGUAGACGAUGGCUUGGAUAUGUAUAGCAAUGAUCUCAAAGACAACUACUUUGCCGAAGGCUCUUACGACUUCAACGACAAAGGCAAAGAGCCAAAGCCACGUCUAUCCGAUGACAAGCAUGGGACCCGUUGCGCUGGGGAAGUGGCCGCUGUCAAAAACAACGUCUGCGGUGUUGGCGUGGCGUACAACGGAAAGGUUGCUGGGAUUCGAAUUCUGUCGAAACCUGUGACCGAUGAGGAUGAAGCUGCGGCCAUCAACUACGGAUUCCAGCAAAACCAAAUCUACUCGUGCUCCUGGGGACCUGUGGACAGUGGUGCAACCAUGGAUGCUCCAGGUCUUCUCAUACGUCGCGCGAUGGUCAACGGAAUUCAAAAAGGGCGAGACGGGAAAGGGUCACUGUUUGUCUUUGCUGCCGGGAAUGGGGCUGGAAACGGAGACAACUGCAACUUCGACGGCUACACCAACAGCAUCUACAGUAUCACCGUUGGCGCGAUUGACCGGGAAGACCAGCAUCCGUACUACUCCGAGUCCUGUUCCGCCCAGCUCGUCGUGACCUACAGCAGCGGUGGCAACGAUGCUAUCUCUACGACCGACAUUGGCCCGGAUUCAUGCUCCAACAAACACGGUGGUACCUCAGCGGCCGGACCUCUUGUCGUCGGAGUUGUUGCCCUCGCCCUGGGCGUACGACCCGAACUUACCUGGAGAGAUAUGCAGUAUCUGAUCGUCGAGACUGCCAUUCCCGUCAAUACGGAUCAAGAAGGAUGGCAGACAACCGCCAUUGGGAAAAAGUUCAGCCAUGAUUUCGGAUAUGGGAAAGUUGAUGCAUAUUCGAUGGUCCAACUGGCAAAGACGUGGAAACUGGUCAAGCCUCAAGCCUGGCUCCAUUCACCUUGGCUCAAGGUCCACAAGGACAUUCCUCAAGGGCUCAAGGGACUGGCAAGCUCGUUUGAGAUCACUGAAGAGAUGUUGAAGAAGAAUAACUUGGAGCGCAUCGAACAUGUGACCGUGACGAUGAAUGUCAACCAUACACGACGUGGUGACUUGAGCGUGGAGCUCAGGAGUCCGACCGGUGUUGUCAGCCACCUCAGUGUAGCGAGAGACGGGGAUACGGUGAAUGCAGGCUACGUGGAUUGGACAUUUAUGUCUGUUGCGCACUGGGGAGAAACCGGCAAAGGAAAGUGGACUGUCAUUGUCAAGGACAUUACCAUCAACGACUUUUCUGGACGCUUCCUUGACUGGCAACUCUCGCUCUGGGGCGAAUCCAUUGACGGCAAGAUCCAGAAGCUCCAUCCACUACCGGGGCCCCACGACCACGACCACGACACCAGCGAGCCCGCUCCAGAGGUCAUGACCACCACCGUCGCUUCAACUGGCCCAAGCAAACCCUCGGCAACGGGGAAACCCACCAAUCACCUCGACCGUCCCGUCAACGCCAAACCGUCCGCCUCGCCAACCAGCACCGCCGUGCCCAGCGGAUCCGCAGCGGCGGCCGCAACACCAAGCACCUCAGGACUCACAGACAGUUUCCUGCCCUCGCCCUUCCCCACCUUUGGCGUGUCCAAACGCACACAAAUCUGGAUCUACGGCUCUAUUGCUCUAAUUUUCAUCUUCUGCGUCACGUUGGGCGUUUACUUUUUGGUGCAGCGACACAAGCGCCUCCGCAACAAUCCGCGCGACGACUACGAGUUUGAGAUGGUGGCUGAGGAUGAGGAAGGGUAUCCGUUGAACGGAGCGGGCGUGGCGGGCGCGGGUGCGAAGAAGCAGUCGCAGCGGCGGCGCCGGGGAGGGGAGUUGUACGAUGCGUUUGCUGGGGAGAGCGAUGAGGAGAUCUUUAGCGGCAGUGAGGAUGGGGAGAAGCCCUACUAUGACGACGAGGAGGAUGGCGAUGACGAAAGGGAGGACGAUGGGCCCAAGUGGAGCGAGAAGUCGAGGGGAAGUGGAGAGCUCGGGUCUGGUUCCUGA